AUGGCUGAUUUUAUGGAAAAGCUAGAGGAAAAGUUUCACAUUCUCAACACAAAGGUCGCCCGUUUUACCAAGAACAGGGAAAUUCAUGCGGAGACGAAAACAAUAAUGGACCUUAUCCGAACCCAAAGUUUGAAAUUGAAAAAUGAGGCGAAAAAGCUGCCGAGCAAGGCUGUCACUGAUUUGGAGAUGUCGGAAAUACCCAAGAUAUUUUCCCUGAAACGAGCUGACCCCAGUGACGAUGAACUUUCCCCAAGUGGGGACGAAAUGGUCUCGCUGCCCCGUUAUCUCGAACUUGUUCUGGCCGAUUACGACCUGGCAACGGGUGGCUCACCACCAAAUGAAGCCCUUUUGCGAUCUCGAAUUGACGUUAUUAUGCUGAGCACGCUCGCGAAGAUGAAACAUGAAUCAAAGAUCAAUCCACGUCUUUCCAUCGGAUUUUCCCUCUCCACAGAGACCAUCAAAUCGCUUCAUCUUCAGUUUGAGCGGAGUAUCGAACGUCCGUGGAAAGUCAAGGGCGAGAGAGUUCUGCUUUCUGGUGUGGUGGACUAUUCCCUCUGGUUCGGAAGGCCGGAAGAUUACGAGACAAACCUCGUAAUGGUGGAAGCAAAGAAGCCCGAGGCUCUGAAGGCCGGCGUGUUCCAAUGCCUAGCGUACAUGGGUAUGAUUCAUCACACCAGGAAAACGUCGAAGAUGUUUGACACAUCUGUAUAUGGGGUCGCUACUGAUAGUUUCGAGUGGCACUUCAUCCACAUUAGAGAGAACAGUGAGUACGCAAUUCGAAUCUACCAUUGGGACACCGGAAAAUCCAAGAUCCUCUCACUUCUCUACAUGAUCUUCGAGACUGCUGCAGGUUCGUCGGCCAUAUCUCAGCGCAAACGAUGGCGCCAAGGUUCUGACAUCGAUUUCACAACUGAGCUGGAGAAACCACCGAACGUGCCAAGGGGCUAG